AACACACCAAACAACACCCGCUUCCUCUACAGAAAGUCUCUCCUUACCAGACCUCCCCACCAACCCCCAUGGUCUUCAAACCACACGGCUCAUAAAUAAAAAGCCAUCAAAAAGUCUCGUCCUUUUUCAUUUUCCUGCUUCUUCAGCGUUAAUCUUUUGCCAUUUUGGUUUCUGGGUCUGUCCGGAAAUUUAACAAAUAUGGCUUCUUCUACUGCGCCGAAGCAUUUCCUCGGAGCUCCGAUGACCGGCUCCGGCAUGGGUUCUUCUCCGUCAGAUCUUCGUAGGCUUGCAUCUCCGACUGUCCAAAUCUCGGUUCGCACUCGAACGCAGAAUUAGCUCCAAAUACAGGCAGCGGGGAGCACAUUUGGUACUUACUUCCGCGUUACAACAUUUGGAGAAUCCCAUGGAGGUGGCGUAGGUUGCAUAAUUGAUGGAUGUCCUCCACGGCUUCCCAUUUUAGAGUCUGAUUUGCAAGUAGAUCUUGACAGAAGGAGGCCAGGUCAGAGUCGAAUUACAACCCCCAGAAAAGAGACUGAUACAUGCCGUGUCUCUUCUGGCAUUUCUGAAGGAUUGAGUACCGGAGCACCGAUCCACGUGUUUGUGCCAAAUACUGACCAGAGGGGACAUGAUUACAGUGAAAUGUCCGUUGCCUAUAGGCCUUCUCAUGCAGAUGCAACUUAUGACAUGAAGUAUGGUGUCAGAUCAGUGCAAGGUGGAGGUAGAUCUUCUGCAAGAGAAACAAUUGGAAGAGUUGCAGCUGGUGCUGUUGCCAAAAAAAUUCUGAAGCAAUUUGCAGGAACUGAGGUUCUUGCUUAUGUCUCUCAAGUACACAAGGUUGUGCUUCCAGAAGAUCUGGUUGACCAUGACACAUUGAUUCUGGAUCAGAUAGAAAGUAAUAUUGUGAGGUGCCCUGAUCCUGAAUAUGCUGAGAAGAUGAUAGCUGCUAUAGAUGCUGUCCGAAACAAAGGGGAAUCUGUAGGUGGUGUUGUCACAUGUAUUGUUAGGAAUGCUCCACGUGGGCUUGGUUCACCAGUCUUUGAUAAACUUGAAGCUGAACUGGCUAAAGCUGUUAUGUCAUUGCCUGCAACGAAGGGUUUUGAACUUGGCAGUGGCUUCGCAGGUACUUUUUUGACUGGUAGCGAGCAUAAUGAUGAGUUCUAUACAGAUGAAAAAGGAAGAAUCAGGACAAGAACAAACCGCUCUGGUGGGAUACAGGGAGGAAUAUCCAAUGGGGAAACUAUAAAUAUGAGAAUAGCCUUCAAGCCAACAUCUACAAUUGGAAAAAAGCAAAACACAGUGACUAGAGAUAAAAAGGAAACAGAAUUGAUAGCUCGUGGCCGUCAUGAUCCCUGUGUUGUCCCACGAGCGGUGCCAAUGGUAGAAGCUAUGGUGGCGUUAGUUCUAGUUGACCAGUUGAUGGCCCAAUUCGCGCAAUGUCAUAUGUUCCCCAUCAACCCAGAUUUGCAGGAACCUUUGAGGUUGCCAAAGGUGGAGGAGCCUGUCAACUUAACAUUUUAGAUGAUUGUGCAUCUCCCUGUCUUCUCUGCUCAACUCUACUUCAAUAUUUCUGUGUUAUAUCUCAUCUGGGAUUUGAUUCUUCAGUAUCCUGCGGCAUACAAAUCUAAAGUUUCCAUUGUCACUUUUUUUUUUCUUUCUUGUUAUAUUCAGGUUCUUUAUGUUGUACUCCCUCAUAAAAUUAAAGGGUGUGUUUGGAUUUACCCAGUAAUAAUAACAAAAUGAUUUUUGUUGAAGUAUUUGUGGAAAA